GCGAGCGACGGGCCUAUCAUGGCGGCGGCGGCAGCGGCUGCGGCUGCGGGCGUAACCGCUUGGACCACUGAGCCGCCGCCGCCGCCGCCGCCGCCGAGUCCCUGUUGAGGAGCAGCUGUGCUGCGCAGCCUGGGACGAGCCGGGCGGGACCCUGCCAGGAGCGGAGCCGUGGGCCCCGCUGGCCAACGAGCCGGCUUCGGCGCGAUGUUAUUCUCGCUGCGGGAGCUGGUGCAGUGGCUGGGCUUCGCCACCUUCGAGAUCUUCGUGCACGUUCUGGCACUGCUCGUGUUCUCCGUGCUUUUGGCGCUGCGUGUGGAUGAGCUGGCCCCAGGCCUGUCGUGGUGGAACGUAUUCGUGCCCUUUUUCGCAGCCGAUGGACUCAGCACCUACUUCACCACUAUCGUCUCCGUACGCCUCUUCCAGGACGGGGAGAAGCGGCUUGCUGUGCUCCGCCUCUUCUGGAUCCUCACCAUUCUCAGCCUCAAGUUUGUUUUCGAGAUGCUGCUGUGCCAAAAGCUGGUGGAGCAGACGAGGGAGCUCUGGUUUGGCCUCAUCAUGUCACCGGUCUUCAUUCUUCUGCAGCUGCUCAUGAUCCGGGCUUGUCGUGUCAAUUAGCCCUGUGUGGAAGGCAGGGGGAAAGAAAGAACGCUGUCACAAACUAAGCCCCUCAGCUAUCGUUGUACUGAAUGAAAGGAAGAACCGCAGGAAGGAAUCAGCCCCUUUUGCUUAUGAGGUUCUCAGCUUUUCUUCAUAAUCUUCGUCCUAACUACAGGCGGGUGGGCAGAUGUGUGGAAAAAACACUGGUCACUAAAUAAAGGUAUUUUUUUUUUUUUUGCUUUCACUUCUGUUUUUCUGUUUUCAUUAUUAUUGAUUUGAAAUGGGUUCCAGAUUGGCCAUAUGUCUAAUUGCCUGGACUGUAAAGGAGCUUUGCUGUUAGAAAUUGCUUUUUAAUAAAAUAUGCUGUUGGAAUGUGA